CUCUACUACGUAGCACGCAGGAUGUCGUGCGAUCCCAUGAUCCCUCGGUCGCAGGCGUGUAAAGAUGGCGUCUGACUACGAUGAGCCGAUAUCCGACCAAGAAAAGGUUCGCAUAGUGUCUGACUUCAUCCAGUUAGCACCUCCCGGGGAAUUCAACGAGGUGUUCAAUGACGUCCGCCUGCUGCUGAACAAUGACACCCUGCUCAAAGAAAAAGCGUCCAGUGCAUUUGCACAGUACAAUAAGGAUCAGCUGACGCCAGUAGAAAUUGAAGGCUCCGAACACAAGGCGCUCGUCACCCAUUACAAUGACCUUGGCGAGGGCCGCUUCUACGACCCGCGCACGCGGCAGUCCUUCCGGUACGACCACCUCCGCAAGGAGGCCACCGACUACCAGAGCCAUCCGCCAGGCUCCAGCGGGGAUGGCAGUGCCGGACUGCCCGAGGGCCACGGCGAGAGCUGGCGGGCUGCGCUGGAGGAGGUGUGGACGCAGUACGCGCGCGAACACUACCGGCAUGGCACGUGCGCUGUCUUCGACCGCAGCCCCAGUCCCCAGGAGUUGUCGCUAGUCGCCUGCCUUGAAGACCACCAAUUCCAGGCACAGAACUUCUGGAAUGGUCGUUGGAGAAGCGUCUGGACAGUAAACUUUCCUUCCGGUGCUGCCACAGCCGAUGUGAAAGGACUCGUCAGAGUUCAGGUGCACUACUACGAGGAUGGCAACGUCCAACUAGUAAGCUCCAAGGAGAUCAAAGCCACCCUCAACAUCACGAAUGAGCAGCAAGCUGCAAAGGAAUUCGUGCAGAUUGUUGAAGAUGCAGAAAACGAGUAUCAGACUGCCAUCUCCGAAAACUACCAGGCAAUGUCGGACACGACAUUCAAGGCGCUACGCCGACAACUGCCGCUGACGCGAACCAAAAUUGACUGGACCAAGAUCCUCAACUACAAAAUUGCCUCGGAGCUGAAACACCACUGACUGUCUCCUCCUCUCUGUGCCGCCCGUGCUUGCAGAUUUGUUUGUUUUUGAAAAGACUCCUCUUCUUGAGCCCGAAUUUUCUAUUCUUACAUGCUUCUGAUCUACUGUAUUCGAUAAUUUGUAUUGUUUUUGGUUGCCCGUUUAUUUUCUGUUGAGCCUUGUCGUAGUCUCAGUCUUGCUUGUCUCUUUGCCUCGUCGAAAUGGACUUCAUGCCGCACAUUUUGAUCGAACUCCUGUGUUUGGACUUGUGUGGCUGUUCUACUUCUCCGGGUGCAACUUGGUCCAAAAUGGUUUUUCAUUCAUGGAGCCAGCAGUUAAGCUAGUUAAACUGAGACAGUUAAAGGUAAAGGCAUCUUUUUCAUAACAAGGUACUGCUGGUGAUCAUGCUGUUGGAGAUAGUCAAGUAUCAUUAACUUGAGCGAGGUCUUAGAGACUAACACAGCCCACUUGGAGGCUCCUGUUGGUUGUUUGUCACUAUAGUUUUGUUCCCACGGUGGCUUUCUUGAAGUACAUUCUCAAAACUCUACAUGAAGUUGAUUGCUUUCCCUCUGUUAAUAUAGUUCUGUGACCAUUUGUCAUAUGACGAUUUUUGUAAGAGCUUGGUUUAAGCGGUGUUUGCCAACUUCCAUGUGCAUUCAUUUGAGAUUUUAAUGAGUGCAGGAAAAUCUCGGCUCACUGUUGUUGUUUUUCCUUUUUUGCCCCCCCCCCCCCCCUCACACACAAGUUAGGCAUUCAUUUCAGACUCGGCAUUGAGACAUCUGUAUUGCGGCCGCAACCGUGCAGUGCAGUCCUGAGUAGAGCUAUGUUAGCACUAGCCUUCUGUGGUUUCAAUUCUGUGCCUGUUGCUGGCAUGCUAGUAUUGUUGUUUUGAAGAACCCGCAUUAGUGCUGCGUUUACUUUGUGCUUUCCUUUAUAGUGAAAAACGUGUUGGACCAGUAACUGUUGUAUAGAGCCAGAUUGAUGCCGAAGGAGGCAGUGACCGGGGAAGUUUGGAACCUGCAAGACUUUUUAAAGUGCCCUGCGUUAUGCAAACCCCUGCAUCUUGCCUGCGCCGUAGACAUCGUGCUGCCGAACUUUUCUUUCAAACUUAUGUACAACUGCACGUUGUUAGAAUCCAGUAUGGAGGAGAUAAAAAGCAAGUAGUAGUGCCUAAGUGGUGAAAGUAUGAUGUCAAGUCUGUGAAGCCAAGCUAGGAUGUGUUUCAUCUCAACCCUUUUCACUUGCACCUGUUCUUUCGUGCAAAUCUGCACUGUUGUCAACUGCUGACACCAGGUGCCUCGGGCAUGUAGACUAUUGAGUAAAAGAGCAUUUUGUUUUAUCAUAUCGUUUUGCUUGGGGCAUCUUUUGCACACGCCUAACAGUGCUUUUCGCUUAGCUCGAUCAACGGGCUUAUUACAGGCAGUAAACAAACAUCUUAACGUUUGAGUAGACCAUUGUAGACCUUUAUGAAAGAAGAGUUCCUAGAAUUUCUUCUUCCGAAAAAAAAAUUGUGAGGUUCUUUUUGAUGAAGUUUAACCUGAAUUUGAGAUGAGUCCAAUGUUGCAGCUUGAGUGCUGAUCGCGACCACAGCUGCAUUUUUGCAAAGCUGUCUGAAACUGCCAAUAGAUUGGAUUGCAAGCAUCAUGCAUUUCCUGUGCAACCUAUGAAGCUGUUUAAAGGCUAAAACUUAUUAAAAGUUUGUAUGAGCAAGCUCAGAAGAGGGUGCCGUUUAUUUAUCUGCCGUAUUUGCUUCACCUGUUCUGUGUCUGUUUCGUGGCAUAGCUAGGCGUGUGUCAGGGCAAGCCCCUGGAAUUAAUGAUCCUUAUGUUUCUUUGGUAUGAUUGGGUUCUGAUUUUAUGCUUCACACUUCCUUUUUACAAUCUAUUCUGUGCAACAUUUUUCUUUGCUCUCCUCGGUUAUCCCAAGUCAAUGCACAAAGGCAACUUCUAGGUGCUCUACAAUGCCUAUGUCUGAAAAAGUAUUGCACAUUAUGCCUUGCUAUAAUGAACUGUAAGCACGGAUGCAUAGAUGGAUUGCAUUGAACCGCUUUGGAUCACUACGGCUUGAGCUUUGCUCCGUCUAAAAUAUUCGGUGAAGCGUGAAGUCAUGUGACAAUCUCUUUUGGUUGCAGUGUUCUGUGCCCGCGUGCUCUCUCUCUCUCUUUUUCUGUUUAUCUGUUGAGAGAUGCAAAUAGGCUGAGAACCCAUUCAAGAGUUGUGUAUUCUAUGCGCGGCCCAUUUUGUGUAUAAGCAAAGUUUGUAUGAGCAAGCUCGGAAGAGGGUGCUGUUUAUUUAUCUGUCGUAUUUGUUUCGCCCUUUGUGUGCUUUGUUUCUUGGCAUAGGUCGGCAUGUUAGGGCAAGCCCCUGGAAUUAAUGAUCCCUAUGUAUUUUAGGUGGUUGGUGAAGCGGUGAGCCAGCGAGAGAGAGAGCAAGACUGUUUUGUGAAUCAAAGGGCAGGGAAUGUGUGUGUGUGUGUGUUACCAUUUUCUGGCACAUUCGCCUCUCUUCACGAAGACAAAGUUCAUGGCACAGAGAGAGUCAACCUUGUGACACGAGUCUAGACAAUAGGCAUAAAUUAACUUGUUCUUUUUUUUUUUCCUGCCACACGUGUGCGAUAUUUCUCGAGCUGUGGUUGUAACUUUUUUCCCUAGAUGAACAAUGCUGUUGUUCUACCCUCCCGUGGCUGGGUUGGCGAAGUUUGCACUUGCGCCGGGCCUGUGAGAUGGGUUUUUUUCUUGUUGACCCUUUGGGGGAUAAGAAAUGUUGAAUAAAAGAGGGUUGCGAGAA